AUGGUCCUAAACAGACUCAAGUGGGUAGCAGGAGACCUCCACAAAAACAUUUUCGCAUACACCAACAGGAGAGGAACAAAGGACUGCAUCACAGAAAUGAUGCACACCAUCACCAACAGGAAAGCCAUAGUAACUUUCAUGGAUCUAGAAAAAGCUUUCGAAACCGCAAACGCCACAGCAAUCCUUGAUUCUCUCUCUGUAAGGGGAGUAGGCGGGAAAUUGCUCCGAUGGACGGCGGACUUUCUGGAAGAAAGGAGGGCCAGAGUAAAGUUCCAGGGAGUCCUAUCAGAAACAAGAACUUUUGAAAAUGGCACACCACAAGGCAGCAUUCUCAGUCCCUUCCUUUUUAACAUCUUAAUAGAAAACAUUGCCGCCCUGAACAUCACCGACACUAAAAUUCUAGCAUAUGCAGAUGAUAUAGCUAUUAUUUCCACUGGCCGAAGAUACGAAAGAAGAGCAAGAGAAGCUGCAACAGUAGUAGCAGACAUGUGCCAAAAACUAGGACUAAAAAUAAAUGCGCAGAAGACCCGCUCUAUGCAUUUCGGUUCUAGGAAAAUACUCCCACCAGUUAUCUUAGAUAACACACCAGUCGAAUGGUCCAGCUGCCAUACAUACCUUGGCAUAUGCCUUGAUGCUAAACUCAAUUUCAGGGCCUACACCGAAUCACUUAAAGAGAGGGCAAACGCACGGAUCCGGGUGAUGAGGAAAAUUACAGGAACCAACGGAGGAGCAGCACCCGAAAUCCUGCGAUUAUACUACCUCCAAGCAAUCAGAUCAGUCAUAGAGUAUGGGGCGCCCUGUCUAGCUCUUACCUCCUCCUACAAUCUGUAUGCACUAGAAACACUACAAAACAAGGCUCUCAGGAUUAUAACAGGAGCCCCAAGAUGGACAAAGGUAUGCACCCUUCAACAAGAAACAAAGAUUCCACCUCUCACAACCAGACUAUACGCUACAAACGCCAGCCAUCUAGUUAAAUUUUUUCGCCAGCAUAACAAUGAACCAUUAUACCAAAUCCGACAAGCCUUGGCACAGGACCGGACGCUCUUCCACAAGUCUACCUGGGCUGCGACCACUAGUGACACCUUGAAAUUCAUGGAAGCACAAAAAUUUUUCACACACCUUCAGCUUGACAAACCCCACAAAGAUUACAUAGAGCCACCACCAUGGAACACUAAGGAUUUCCAAACCAGCGUGACUGCCCUGCCACACUCCAAGAAGGACCUAGACCAAGAGACUUUACAAGCAGCAGCAAGGAUUGCCCUCCAAGCAGCCCCGCCGCACAAUUGCGAAGUAUAUUACACCGAUGGCUCUGUCGAUCCGAUCACCAAACGCGCGGCCGCAGCUUUCGUCUCCGAAAACACAACAGCGAUAUUCAGACUCACCGAUGGCGCAUCUACACUACAGACAGAGCUGGUAGCUAUUCAGCAGGCACUACGUCACUGCAAAAUUAGACACAAACACAUAGUCAUUCAUACUGACUCCCUAGGUGCCAUACAAGCACUCCAACAAACACCAAUUAAAGACAACAUAGAACUUAUCACCAGCAUUCUAGCCACAAUGCAAAACAUCAAGAGACAAGGCAGAAACAUACAUAUAAACUGGGUCCCAAGCCAUGCAGGACUGGAAGGAAAUGAGGCUGCAGACAAAGCGGCAAAUGACGCCAUAAAACUCCCCACAGUAACUUUCCACAUACAAACCAGCAUACAACAAACAAAAAAUGCCCUUAAGCACAAAACAAAUGACCUCAUGAUCCAAAUUCUCCAAAACAGCGAAAUUGAAGGUUCAAACAGCUCAAGAUGGUAUAACCAAACAAGUCAAAACAAAACAAACUUCCCAAGAAACUUAAAGAGGAAAACACAAGUAGACAUAUACAGACUGCGUCUUGGUUACAAAUGCUUUGAUCAAAUUAAAAACACCCUUCCUCAAACAUGCAGUCACUGUGGAAUGGAAAGCGACUCACCACUCCAGCAUUACCUCACCGAGUGCGAGAUAACAGCACCACUCAUAGACAGAAGACUUGGAACAGCACAACAAAUAGUCCGAGAUACGCCCCAUGACAAACUGGCAUCUUUAGUAGAACAAUUUCCACCACCAAGAUAA